AUGGUGACGUCGGACGCGGCUCUCACACGCAGCAUGAACUAUCGACCGUGGAACGGUUCACGACAAAGGCCCAUCAUCAAGGGUGAACCCAGGAGAGAAAGUUCAAAGGAAAAAGAGAAGUUGAAAACCAAGAGGGAAUGGCAGAUGGUGGAGACAUUCUUGUUCCCUGUCCGCUUUCUGCCAUCUACCAGCGAACUAAAAGAGGGCACAUGGUUCGAUAUGACCAUUAUCAGCCAGGGGGUCGUUUUCGACCCUGGGUUAGGUAGCAUCUUUGCUGUACAUCCACAUCUCCAGCCACCAUCAUCUUAUCAUUCUUACAACAUGUCAACGGGCAAUUCUGGCACACGUCUGGUCUGCACGGUUCUUCCAAGCUCUUUCGACGAGAAGGCUUCCUAUUCCGGUCUGGAUUGGCACCAAAGCAGCCAAAAGGGCCCCCAAAUGCUGCGCCAAGGUUGGCGAUGCCAUCAAACGGAUCUUUGACGGAGCUGAAGCUGUGCAAGGCUGGCGCCAGCUGGACCAAUCAGCUCAUAAUGAGCUGCUGAUCUCUAAGCGAGUCGGCCGGGGUUGGGGGAGUAAGCCCUAAGCAGCAGCUUCGGCAAUCGGCAGGCAGGGAGGUGGUGUGCUAAAUUGUCCGGUCACACUCACACCAAACUUGCCUCUACAUCUCCAGAGAAUGCCCGUACUAUCUUUUACAUCACCUAGCGGGCAAGUGACAAGGACGAGAACUUGGGUAAGCACUAGGUACGUGCGACGUUGGCGGUCGGGUACGACGUGAGGAGACCAGUGAGAUGCCAAGGGGUUGCAUGGUGAGGAGCGAUUCGGCGAUAAGACGAGAGCUUGAAGUUAAGGGCUGGGAUGGUAUGAUGUUCUUACACAAGGAAAAGAUGGUCUUUGGGGUGAUAUGGGCAAUGUGGACAAGGGUAUAUCAUGAGACUGACAGUAACGUCGCGAUGACAGGUUUGGUAAGGAAGGCAUUGGGGGAGAUAACAUCAUAACGCCAAGCUUGAAGCUUCGCUGAUAAAGCACAUCUAGCUGCGACUACGCGAGACGCCGAAGCGAAGAAUGGUCAUCCCAGUCCCUCCCGAGUUUCCAGAGUUUGAGGACUCACGGUGUCAAGCCUUACGCAGCCAACUCUGCUCAAGGGCCAGGCAUUUGUGCUCCCGCACCAAUAUUGUGCUCACCAAAUGUAGAGGUACCUUCCGGCAUAUCCAGUUCGAAGUCAUGGUGUCCGUCUGGGAUUUUAGUAGCUGGGACAUUGGCUCCUUAAGGUCGUCUAAACUCGAAGGAAGCAGUCUCUUCUUGUAACUCCUCCUCUUAUAGGCAAAGGAACUUCCGCAGAUAUCAAGCAAAAUGACAC